GAGCGAUGGCGACGUCGCCGACCAAGCCGACGGGCGCCAGCGAGAAGCCAGCCGAGAAGCCACCAGAGAAGCCCAAGCUCGUGCAGUCGUCAACGCCGGCGUUGGAUGUCGAGACGCACCCGUUGCUCGCGAACCUCAAGCUCGAUGGAAAGGAGAUUGGCGCCUACAUGCUCUGCAAGUUCGCAGACGACGUGCUCGGGCACCGCGCUCGCCAGAUCUUUCGCGAGAAAGCAUCGUCAAUCAAGGGUGAAAAUGGAAUCUAUUACUACCUCAAGGACCUCUUCAAGACCUUCUCGAUGGACGAGCUGCCGUCGUCCGCCAAACCGGCCAAGUCGAUGCGCUCCCUCUUGGCACCCAAGCCGCCGCCGCGGACCGCGGCUGACUACUACCUCGAGGAGCACCAGUUCCGGAAGCUCAUGGCGAGCGACCCAGCGUUCGAGUGUCUCGUAGCGCAGGAAGACACGUCAAUUCUCUUUCAGCGCAUUCUCAACAGCGCAAGCCGCACCAAAGUGUCGCUCUUGGACUUUCUCGAAUUCUGUCUUUUGAACCGCGUGCAACUGCUUGUGCUUCUCUGCAAGUACUGGCACGCGCUGCGGAAGCUCAAGCUCUCGGACAACGAACUCCUCGAGAUGUAUCGCCGCAUGACCGAUAUCCACAACGACAGCUGCUUGGCGCCAAAUCUGUUUGGGAAUGCGAUCGGGCGCGAGUUUGACAUUGUGCUCACGACGGGGGAAAUCGACGUGCUUUUGCAUCUCUUGGACUAUGACAACGACGGCGUCGUCAAGCCCACGGACUUUGAAAUGUUCUACAAGGACACGGACCGCUUUCACUCGCCGACGUUUGAAGAGCUGCCUGCGAUAUCGGACCUUCGGUACUCGACGUCGGACGAAGAGGCGGCCGAGUUCAAGCGCGAAGGCUACGAGGUUUACCCGCGCAACGUGUGGACGUCGCACUCGAACGGCCAUUUGUACUUUUGGACCAAGCGCGACCCGACCAAAGUCCCGAUUGAGGCGAUUGCGUAUUCGGCGUCGAACCAGGACAAGGACCUCAUGGGCCGAGGCUACGUCUGCUUCAACGGCGCCAAGCCUUUCUAUCGCAAGUUCAUGUACCUCAAGUUUGCGCCGUGUAAGCCCACCGGCGCGCACCAAACACCGGCGCUGGUCGACUUGUGCGUCACGGGAGGGCACCUCGUGGACGACCAAUCGGCGACGCUAUGGAUGCCGCCAUGCCGCGGCUUCAAGCGCAUCGAAGGCUCGCUCGAUGAAAAGAUCACGAAGCGCGGUGUCUUUUUGUGGACCCGCGCCGUGUACCCCGUGUCCGAUGUCGUUGUGCACGCGCCGGUGCUGUCGCCGACGACGGCGACGAGUGCGAUUCCCAUCGAAGAGAUCGACGCCCUCGAGCACCAGAUUCGCAUCACUGUGCGCCGGCGCUGUCCCACCGACGCCGACGGCGUGUUGAAUUUCCUCAAACUCUUCCAAGCGUUUGACGUCAAGAACCGCAAGUACUUGACGAUCGCCAAGGUGAAAGCAGGUCUUAUCGGUCUUGGCUGUCGCCUCGACCCCAAGCGGUUCCACGAGGUCUGGAAACGCAUCGACAUUGAAGGCAAAAAGAAAAUCGACUACGAGACUCUGCUGCUGUUUGUGCUCUGGACCGACACGGAUGUGGACGCGAUCGCGGAGCGGCUGCAGCGAUCGCUCACGAGUGCGUCGUCCAACUACCGGGUCGUCUUUACAGCGCACAACGCGAUUGGAGACGGUCGGUGGGCACGUGGGGACUUUUUGCGCCUCUUGAGCGCCCAGCAAAUUCUCGUCGCGCCGGAAGAACUGGCCAAGAUCAUGGCACGCUUUGACGUCAACAAGGACGGCGUUGUCGACUAUGCAGACUUUUUGAAGUUUGUCACUGGCGUCUGCGACAUCCAAGCGCGGCAGGCCGCACGAAUCGCUCAAGCUGCAAGCGUUCUUCAAGGCUGGGCGAUCGAGCACCAAAACUCCAAGCUCGUAAAAGAUGGCAACAUCGACUCAAGUGCGUCGUGGAAGCGCAUUAAGUCGCAUGACAACAUCCUCAGAGUCUCCAUGAUCGACAAGAUUUUACGCCAACACAAGGUGCGGCUCAGCCCGCUCGAGCUCCGCCAGCUCUGCAUUGUCAUCUCACCCAACCCACCCCCGGGGGCUGUGCCAGGCCAGAUCAUGCAGGCUGCGUACCACGCCUUUGUGAACCACAACCCAAAGAAAAUCUCGUCGCUGCUGCUAGCGGGCAAGAAGCUCGUGGGACCGCACCCGACAACAGACAUUGACCCAGUCUACAACCGCCUCAACAGCCUCGGGACAGGGUCAGUAUCGCUGCCCGCGCUGCACGACCAUCUCUCAGAGCUUGCAGCCGAAGCAAGCAUUCCGUCGAUCGACAUUAAAGAUUUUGUCUAUCUGGUCCAGCACACGGGUGCGGAUUGCGGUGGUGACGGGCGCGUUGUCAUUGACCGCUUUCUGGCCGCAUUGCGGGACGUGGCCGAGCGCCGCAACAUGAAGCACGGCUUCAUCACGCCAUAUGACAGCCCCGGCUUCGCAAAAGGCUGCUACAUGCUGCUCGGGGAACUCCGCCGCUGCGCCAAGACGCUGGACGGAAAGUUCGACUACCACGUACCGUUUGACCUCUUUGACAAGAACAAGACGGGCUCAAUCAGCAUGCCCUCCCUCGAAGCGACGCUUCUCGAUAUGGAUUUGGGGAGCUUCCUCCGCUCCAACGAAAUCAAGAGCUUGUUGCGGCGGUUCGAGCUCGACGAGCAUGGCGGUGUCAGCUUCGACGAAUUCUGCCGAUUUGCGACGACCAGCGACGAGAGCCUCCACUUGCUGUCGCAUUGGAACGACCCAAAGCUCGUCACGUGCAUGAAGGAAGCCUUUGCGACAUCGCUGCCGGCGGCCGGUGCCGAGACGUUUGCGUCAGUCUUCAAACGCAUGUGCUUGAUUGCCGACAAGGCCAACACGGGCAUGCUGUCAGCAACCAAGUUUGGGCAGCUGUUUGACGCGCUGGACCUGCAGCUGCCGCGCAAGUCCAAAAAGGACCGACCGCACUUGAUCGAUGCGCUGGUGCAGUACGCGCAGUCGGAAGACGCGAUCCCGUACGAUACAUUUUGCCAAGUGUUUCUUGCGUGCAUGCUGCCGACGGCUACUACGUCUGGCGAAGCACCCACCGUCAACCCUGCCCUCGCGCUCGAGCUCCACGCCGAGAUUCAAAAGGCCGAAGACAAAGCCGGCGCGCGCUUUGACUUUAGAAGUGCUUGCGAGCACUACAAGAACAAGCUCAGCGCAAGCGACUUCAAGGAACUUCUCUGGACCGCGGGUGUCCGACACCCGUUCUCCCCCGACGAGGUUUCAGCGCUGCACCGGUACUUUGUGGCACCGACGACGCAGCAGUGGGCCUCGAACGUCUUUCUCGACUUUGUCGUGCGUGGGCCCAAGGUCUUUGAGUCGGGCGAAAGCCGGGGCAAGGUCGACGCUGUAAUUGCGCAGAUGCAGCAAAGCAUUUUGGACACUGUCGCAAACGAGAAAGACGCCGACCGCUUCCGCCGCCUCUUUCUCGAGUACGAUGUGAAUCAAGACGGGUCCAUCUCCACCGACGAAUUCCUGCUCGUGCUUGACGAAAUGGGCCUCUCCAAAGGGCUCACUGCCGCGGAAAAGUCGUCCAUUCUGCAUUUCUUCGACUCGAACCAAGACAACGAAAUCGACUACCUCGAGUUCUUUCACUUUGCGACCAACGCCGACAAGAUCCUGCAGACAAAGGUCGACCCGAACAAAGCGCCGCCGCCCCAAGCAACACCCCCCGCACCGACAAGUGGCGGAAAUGGCUCGCCGAGCAAACCACCAAGUCCAGCGGUCAAAGCCUCCUCUGGAAAACCACCUGCGUCGCCGUCCAAAGACCAAAUGCAAGCGCUCCAAAGCCAAGGGACAUUUACGCGCCUGGGCAAGCAGCUCGUGCGCGUGGCGAUCUUCGACCAACUGCUUCCGCGGCCAUUUGUCUUUGCUAAGUACUUUGUCAAGUACAAGUCUGGGGACGGCGUCACGGCAUCCAAAUUUACCCAGAUUCUAGACAAGUUUCUAGACACGGUGUUGCGUCAGGACCGCCACGCGGCCGUCGCUGGCAUCGACGGGGACGUCAUCCGUGACUACUACGUCGUCAAAGAGACGGGCGUUGUCAAGACAUCGCUCUUCUUGCGCGACCUGGCGACCGCCCAGCUUCUUGCGCUGGACAAAGCCAACGUCGCCGCUGUACGACGCGAUGAUGACGACGACGACGAGUUGUCGCUUAGCGACGCUUCAUCCCAGGCGAGUCAAAGCGACGAUAGCAGCAGUUGUGCGAGUGGGCGCAGCGGAAGUCCGCACCGCCGGUCGUCGCCGGGGAAGAUCGUGUCGAUGGACGCCAUCUUGGACCGUGUCCUUCUCACCGCGGGGUGGUCGUCGUCUAAAUGCCACAAGUGCGACUCCAAGCUAGCGGAGGCCAACACGCGCCUUCCGUGGCGCCCCAAAGCCCUUGCGCAGUUUCUCCUAAGUCUCAAGCUGCCGUGGAAAAAGUCAGAUCUGGACGCGAUCGCAGCGGCGUGCAAGACAAAGCAUCACCGCGUCGACGCAACUGCGUUCGUUCGUGCUAUGGAGGCAGCGCUUGACCGCUACGGCGGGUCCUCGCCACUCAAAACGUCGCGCUCCAGCACAUCGGUGUCGUCGACUUCAUCGCUGCCCAGUCUUAUGGGGCGUCUCUAUCAAAGCUUCUUGAGUGCUGCCCAGCGCAACAUCAAUGGGCUGUCGCUCCUCGAGAAAUGCGAUUCGCACCAUCGAGGUCACAUCGAGUGGACCGAGUUCAGCACCGUGCUUCGGCUCAUCGAGUGCCCUCUGACCGCCGCAGAGCUCCAAACGCUUCAACACGCGCUUCGGUCCAAAGCGCAGUGUCCGUAUCGAGCAUUCGCAACGCUGCUCGAGACGUACGCACCGCCAGUCGCACCGCCGGUCGUCGACCAUGUACCGCCUCGAUCCUUUGUUCCCGUCGCCGCUUCCCAUGGCAUGAUGGUGACGCCGCGAGCGCUACCGCCGAGUCCGCGGUCCCUGCAGCAGAUCGAAGACGACUUGCGCUCGUUCUUUGUGCUGCAAGCACAUGUCGACAAGACACGUUUCAUGACGCUCUGUCAGCAGUACGACGGCCAGCGCACGGGCUUCGUGACCAUCGACGGGUUCUUCGCAGCCUUGCGUCAGCUCAACGUGCCAGUCGGUCCCGAUGUCAUGGCGCAAGUCAGUGCACGAUUUGCAGCCACGUUCUCGGACCGCAUCGACUAUAUCGAGUUUGGUCAAGUUGUCUUUCGUGACACACGACCGCCGAUGUCGCGACUCAUUGAGCGCAACCCGACGCAGCCAUCGCUGUGCCGCGAAGACGCGCCCGUCCUCACCGCGCGGACGGUGGAGACGUGGCUCAAGGAGGCUGCCACGGAAGACGAGAAGGCGCAUUUCAACCAGAUGUACAACUCGAUUUUCGCCUUCAAGAAGCAUGCGGCCCCCGUGGCACCGACGCCGCGCCGCGCGCCGCCACCCAAGGCUGGCAAUUGGAAUUGCCCCAUAUGCUUUCACAGCCAGAGCCCGACGCUCGACCGCUGCGAGGUGUGCGCUGCAAAAAACACGUCGGCCGCGCCAUCGAGCGAGUUUGAAGUCGUGCUGCAGUGUCCCGUCUGCGCGUUCCGGAACAAGGCCGCUGCGACCGCCUGUGCGCUCUGCAUGACGUCGCUACGAGGCGAGAAAACGUCGACGACGACGGUUCCCACACCGUCGCUGCAGAUCUCAUCGACCAACGACGGCUGGCUCACAUAG